AUGAGGCUCAGAUCCGUCGACCGAACGGCCACAAUUGCGUGGUCGCCCGGAAAGCACUCCCCGCUCCUUGCCACCGGCACCGUCGCUGGAGCAUUCGAUGCCUCCUUCAAUUCGUCCACCAGCUUGGAAAUCUUUGACCUGAAUCUCGACUCUGUUCCGGGAACCGAGGGUGCCUCGCGACUCAAGAAAGUUGGCUCCAUCAGCAGCAACGCCAGAUUCAACCGACUGGCCUGGGGCCUUUCCAGCGAUCCAUCAAAAACCCACGGCAUCCUCGUUGGUGGCAAAGAAAACGGCGAGCUCGAGCUGUGGAACCCCAAGCUCAUUAUCGACAACGGCCCCGAUGCUCUGGUCCUGCGUCAGUCGGCACAUUCUGGCCCUGUGCGUGGGCUGGACUUUAGCAGCGUGGAAACCAAGCUCUUUGCUUCUGGAUCAUCGGAUGGAGAAAUCUUUGUUUGGGACCUGAACAACCCCGCCAAGCCCUAUUCUCCUGGUGCCCGCUCUCUCAAGCUCGAGGACAUCACUGCGCUCUCGUGGAACCGUCAGGCCGGGUCGAUUCUGGCCACAGCCAGCAACAACGGCCAAACCGCCAUCUGGGACCUCCGCACUCGCAAGGACCUCAUCACCCUUUCUCACCCAGGCGGAAGGAGAGCCAUCACGAGCGUUGCAUGGCACCCGGAGCAUGCAACUCAAAUUGUCACGGCGGCCGAUGAUGAUAUGAGCCCCGUUAUUCUCACUUGGGAUCUUCGCAACGCUCGCGCCCCUGAACGACAACUGGCUGGCCACACCAAGAGCAUCUUGUCGCUCUCUUGGUGCCCGAAAGAUUCGGAUCUGCUGCUCAGUUGUGGCAAGGACAACCGCACCCUCGUCUGGAAUAUGUCGUACGGAGAGGUCAUUGGCGAUCUCGAACACAGCAACAACUGGGCGUUCGAUGUGCAGUGGUGCAGCCGCAACCCUGACCUGAUCGGUGUCGCCAGCUUCGACGGCAAAGUCUCUGUGCACUCCCUGCAGGGCUCGUCCACGGCGUACGAGGAGCCCGUCAGCGUCGUCCACAACCCUGGAGUCCCCAGCGACGAUCCCUUCGCCAUGCUCCAGCAGUACAGCACCCACACAAACGACACCGGAUUUGUGCUGCCCUAUCCGCCAAAGUGGCUCCGCCGCCCGGUUGGUGCCACUUGGGGAUUCGGCGGCAAGCUCGCCGUCUUCAACAAGAACCUCGGCCCAACCGCAGUCAGCGUCAAGUCUGUCGCUACCAACGUCGAAUUCUUCAGCCGUGCACAAGAGCUGGAAGGUGCGCUGCAGGACGCAACUGGCGAGAGUCUUUUGACUUUCUGCAAGAAGAUUACCAGCGAGCAGCCUGCCAGCAAGGGCGGCGACGUUCUGGGAUUCCUGCGUGUUAUGCUGGAGCGCGGCGAGCGCGAGCAAGUCCUUGAGUUCCUGGGAUUCAACCGCAACAACAUUGCUGGUGACCGCCUGGCUGGCCUCCUGGAGAAGCUCAAGAUCCAAGCGCACCCUCCCGCGCAGCCCUCUCCAAAGCCAACAAUCAAGACCCUUGCGACCAAGGACGAUGCUGAACCCACCGUGGGCUCGACGCCAUUCAAGCUGUAUCCGGUCAUCCGCCGAGGCGAAGAGAGCGAUGUCGAUGUUCUCAUCACUCGUGCGUUGAUUCUGGGUGACUUUGAGACCGCGGUUACGGUCUGUCUUGGAGCCGAUCGUCUCGCCGAUGCCGUGAUGCUGGCAGUCUGUGGUGGCCACGAACUGCUGGAGCGCACUCAGGCCGAGUAUUUCAAGCGCACCCGUGACAAGAAGAGCUAUGCCCGCAUCCUGCAUAGCGUGGCCAACCAGGAUCUGCGCGACAUUGUCCUCAAUGCCGAUCUCGAUGGCGUUGAAGGUGGCUGGAGGGACAUCCUCGCCCUGAUUUGGACCUAUGCCAAUCCCGAGGACUUUAGCGAGUUGCUGAACCUGAUUGGCGAGCGCCUCGAGGCCUCUGCCGCUUCCUUGAGCAGCAUCAAGCUCGCGGAGAAGGAGAGCAAGAGUCUUGCGGCGGUACUGUGCUACCUCGGCGCUGGCAACCUGAAGCGCGUGCUCCCCAUCUGGACUCGCAGCGAUGCCGACGAUAUCAAAAAGUCUUCGCUUGCAGCCCCCGGUCGCCAGGCUUCGAACGGCUCGAUUCCUCUCCCCAAAUUGCAGGCGUUUAUCGAAAAGAUCUCUCUUUUCCGCGAGGCGAUUCAAUACCAGGAUGGCGAUCUGGUGGAGCAGCCUGCGCAGUACGAGCUCGAGAGUCUCUACAACUAUUACGCCGAAUAUGCCGAACAUCUGUCGGCGCAGGGAAACAUUUUCGCUGCCCAGCGCUACCUGAACCUUAUCCCGAUGGCAUACGCGUCCGCCAAGUUCAUCCACUCAAACGUCGACGCGAUCACUGUCCUCCGUGAUCGGGUCUAUCAAAGCGGAGGCUACCGCGUUGCGACCACGAGCCAGCCCAUGUUCCCUUUCGAGCUGGUUGACGUUUCUCUGGUCAGCAAGCCCGAACCCGUCGCUCAGCAGCCCGCGCAUAAUCCAUACGCAAGCUACCCGCACGGCACCACAGCCAGUAACGCUGGCUAUGACAGCACCAAUUAUGGCAAUACUGCCACUUACACAAGCACCACCGGCUAUUAUAACCCGUACCCCGGCACUGGAGCACACGUAUACUCCCCAAGCGGCGCGGUCAACUUGCCCCCGCCGCCCAUCGCGCCGAUCAAUAACGGACUCGCUCGUCCGGGCUCGGCUCAGGGCCCCUUGGGCUAUCCUUCGGCCUCUGCCUCCGCCUCCCAUCCCGCAUACGACUUUGGUCCCUCAUCGGUGCCUCAGCCUAACCCACCGAGCAUCAGUCACCACGGCCCGCCGGCUGUUUCCCAGCCUCCGCCACGCGUCAACACCCCGCUGAUGGCCCCUCCCCGAUCCGUGCCUCCCACUGGUGUCUUUUCUCCCAUCGUUCCGUCUGCGCCUGCCCCCGUCCCUGAGCCCGCCGCCCCCACCCGCCAUCCUUUUGGUGAUCUGAGCCAUAUCCCGGCCGAGCACAAGCCACUGGUUGCUUCUGUGCAAAAGUACAUCAAGAGCGCAAAAGACUGUGUCGUCGGGGUAAGUGUCUCACGUGGACCCAGCCCGAGAAAGAUCAUCGAAGAUGCCGAGAAGCGUGUCAGCCAUCUACUGGAUCAGCUGAACAACUCCGAGCUCCCAAAAGACAUCACCGACAAACUCUCUGAGCUUUUCAAGGGUCUCGACUCGGGUGACUACGCCAGCUCCCACGCAGCUCAGGUCAAGCUAAUGAGCGAACGAUUUGAUGUGACUGGCGCCUGGGUUGUUGGCAUCAAGCGUCUGAUUGACUCUGCGGAACAAGCAGCCAAGCGGGCAGCCCAGCCUUCUCCUGCCGUUUCGCAUCUCCCCCCGCCUCCCACUGGCGGCAUCCCCUCAGCCAGCGCGCAAGGACGCGGAGCGUAUGGCGCUCCUCCUGCCUCAGCCAAUGCCUAUGGCGCUCCUCCUCCAUCAGCCAACCCUUACGGCGCUCCUCCUCCAUCAGCCAACCCUUACGGUGCUCCACCUGCAUCGGCCAACCCUUACGGUACCCCUCCACCCGCUGCAAAUUACGGUGCCCCUCCGACAGCCGCUAACUAUGGCGCACCGCCGGCAUCAAACUACGGAGCACCCCCUCCCCAGGGCCAUUCGCGACCUUUCUAG